AUGUCUGGGAGUCGCGGAGCUAAGUUCAACCAACAUGUGCUCAUCGACACAACCCCCAUGCCAGAUGACAUCCCCAAGGUCAAAGAGAUUGGGGCCACAUCUGCCCCUCUGAUGAGCGCAUCAUUUUUUAUCGGCGACCGCUGCAGGGCAUUCAAUGACGAUUACAUGAAGUGCAAGACGGAGGCUAAUGGAAAGGGCGAGCUAGAAUGCUUGAGAGAAGGCCGGAAAGUUACCCGUUGCGCAGCUAGUGUUAUCAAGGAUAUCAACGCAAACUGCUUCGACCAAUUUAAGGCUCAUUGGGAAUGUUUAGAACAGAGUAACCACCAGUUGUGGCAAUGCCGGAGGCCCGAGGUUGCGCUGAAUGCUUGUGUAUUUGAGAAACUUGGACUAAAGAAAGAAAUCCCCGAUACCCCCAAGGGCCAGACCCCAAUCCAUCUUCGAGAAAAGCAGAUCUAUGCCAAUUACUCGGGACCGCAAUAUUAG